AAUCCAUACUCGAAUUUGCAAGUUGUCCAGGUCGCGACCCAUGUUGGCGAACCUAAGCAAUCGAAUCGAGAUUUCCGAAACGACAACAAGUGUUAAAAACAACGUACGCGCACAGGAUGCUUAGAUGUGGAAGACCGAAUGAGAAGCAAGAAUGAGGAAGAUACAUAAAAACGACAAUCCCGCAAAAAACACAGGCACAGCCAUACACACAGGCACAAAAUAACAAUGGCUUCUUCACCGACACAAAAGGGAGUAGUCAUAACAGUUCCAGUUCUCGUGCUCUCGGUCUCCGUCGCAGCCAUUAUGUUGUUCUUUCUUAUCUCUUCCCUAUCUUAUUGUGAUUGUCCGGCCUCUGCUCCUCCUUUACAAGGCUUUGCUGGCGCUGCCGGAGGUGGUGGCAGCGGCGGAGGGUUAGCAGAUUAUAAGGAAAGAAUAUCGCCGACGAAAGAGGAUAUCGAAUGGGUUAAGGAUCAGAUCCGAUUGAACGGAUUGCAUAUGCAAGAUAACGUUCUUCGUAAGGGCAUUAAUCCUCGAACUAGGGCUCAGCAACUCGAUGAUCUGAUUCAUUACAAGGGCAUAUCACACUAUGAAGAGCCAGAAUACAAUAAUCAUACUGCACUUCCUUGCCCUGGUGAGCUCCUUGUGGAAGAACACCAUAGCAACUAUGGGGAGCCAUGGGCAGGUGGACGAGAUGUUUUUGAAUUCCUAGCUGAAGCUGCCCACCUAUCACCCAACUCACAAGUGCUUGAGAUUGGGUGUGGCACACUCCGUGUUGGUUUGCAUUUCAUUAGGUAUCUUAGUCCUGAACACUACCACUGUCUUGAAAGGGACGAGCUCUCUCUGAUGGCUGCAUUAAGAUAUGAGCUUCCUUCGCAGGGUCUUCUAUACAAGCGACCUCUGAUUGUGCGAGGGGAAGAUAUGGAAUUCUCCAAGUUUGGUGCCGGAGUUAUGUAUGAUUUAAUAUAUGCUAGUGCUGUGUUUCUUCACAUGCCUGAUAAGCUUGUAUGGGUUGGACUAGAAAGGUUAGUGAGUAAGUUGAAACCUUAUGAUGGGCGAAUCUUUGUGUCGCAUAAUAUUAAGUUCUGUUCAAGACUGGGAGGUGAGGAAUGUACCAAGAGGCUGACCAGUUUGGGGCUUGAGUAUUUGGGAAAGCAUACACAUGAUAGUUUGCUUUUUAAUCACUAUGAAAUUUGGUUUGAGUUCAAACGAUUCAAAGCUUAAGAGGUUUAGAAUACAGUUUUCUUUGUUUUGAUUUUGGGUAAUUCUGAUUUAAGGCUGUAGCUACCCUAGAUGUUGCAUGCUUGUUGUAUUGUUUCCAAUUAUUUACCUCUACAUUUCUCAGAGGUCAUCUCUUAAUCAUUCUGAUGAUAGUUGUAAGUGGAAGGGAGAGUUGAUGAUCUUGAUAGUCAAUGAUCUUGAAGAUUUUUAUCAAAGUAGAUCAUCUGUGACAGACAAUGAUCUUGAAGAUUUUUAUCAAAGUAGAUCAUCUGUGGUAGACAAAGUUGAAUUUGUAUGCUCCAGGGAGAAAAUUUUAUGAACUUGAUUUUAAGGAUUCUCUGAUUACAAAGGUGAGGGAUUCUUUUGCCCAAUUACGUAAUGGCUUAUUUAAAUUUGGAACAUGUCCAUAGAACCUUAAGAAUUCCUUUUUGGAAAUGUCUGUUUCUUGAUCACUGCUUGAAAUUGUGAUGUGAAAUGCAACAGUUCAUUGCUGCUUUUAAUUAGAAGAGUAAAGAGGAUCUUAUUCUUAGUCUGGAUUAUAAGCCCUCCGAGCAAAGGUGCAUUCCAUUGGCCAAAAAUGGAACCGAGCCUAUACUGCAGGUGCGAGCUACUCAAGCAUGCCGCAACUCGAGAUAAAUAUCCACUGCAACUUGCAUCACCAGCAUAUAGGCCGCAAAUUAUUUUCAUGGAAGACUCCCUCAUGUUACAAUUGCUGAGUGCACUAUUUUUAUGUGCACUUUGUCUGAUAGGCUUUGGCACUUCACUGUUGAUGUUUACAUUAAGGAUUUAAGGGAAAGGAUCUGCAUGUACAACAAGCAGACAAUGGAUCAGCGCAAUGGCAUGCCUGUUAUUUGGCUUAUUGAAUCCUUGCGCGCUGCUCUCUGCUCUCCAUGCCUGUUCACUUUAAAGUCACUUGAAAUCGAAGCGUACCAAAAUGCAUUGUCUUUCGCUUGAAAGUUACUUCUUAGAACUAAUUUUUCUAGUUGAAAUCGUUCAGAGUUUUUUUUGUUA